CCGUUGAGCUGUAUUCACCGGCAGGAAGAGGAGCUGCUGCCCGAGCUUCGCCGGAACCCUAGAUCUCCGUCCACUGCCCUUAAUGGACCCUCGAUCUCUAACUUUCUCUUUCCUAGUCCCUCUCCUCGCGCUCUCCGGUCAAGGGCCCACCCCCUCCCCCUCCCCCUCCCCCGCCUCCUCGCCAUCCCCUUCUCCUUCCCCUAGCACCGUAUCUCCUCCGACCGCGCGGUACCCUCCGCCGACUCGCCCAACCGAGUACCCGCCGCCGCCGGGUUUGUUCGCGACCUCCAAUCAGCUAAACGUGGGAGAGAAGGUAGGGCUGGCGUUUCUUUCUGUGGUUCUCGUGCUGCAGUUGGCGCUUGGUGGGUUCCUCAUCUCCAAGAGACUGCAGUUGAGGAAUAUGGCGCUGGUGGGUCGGCGGAUCGAAACGCCUUAUCCCGCCGGCUCGCCGUGAUAAUCCGGGACUUUGCUGUUGUUCUGUAGAUGUUCAAAGAAGUUUCUCUGUGGCUUUUCUUCUGGAGCGUGGGCAAAAUUUUCGCAAUUUUGGUGAAAUUACUCCAAGCUCCAUGGAACUGAUCCCGGCUUGGAUUCGAUUGGUUGAAGAACGAGUGAUCAUGUAUUGUAGAUCGCGAAAAUGAGGUAAUCCGACACUUUCGGAUACUUUAUUCUGUAAUAUUUCGAUGCCUGAUUCAUAUACCACUUGAAAGACUUU